AGCCGAGAGUAUAAAAGCAGAAGUGUCCCAGUCCAGAGCAUACAGUUCCCUCCGGGCAAUCACCGAGCUAGCAAUCAGUAGUCCAAGUGCUAAAAAAUCUACAAUCUCAGUAUGAAGAACGCCGUUGCCAUCCUGCUGUGCGCCCUCCUCGGCCUGGCCUCUGCUGCCGAUUACAAGAUCCGCUCCGUCGAAGACCUGCAGACCGCUCGCAAGGAGUGCGGCGCCUCCAGCAAGGUGACCGAGGCUCUGGCCGCCAAGUACAGGACAUUCGAGUAUCCGGACGACGAGAUCACUCGCAGCUACAUCCACUGCAUCUUCCUCAAGUUCGAGCUCUUCGACGACGCCAAGGGCUUCAACAUUGACAACCUGGUGGCCCAGCUGGGACAGGCCGCGGAGGACAAGACCGCCGUGAAGGCCGACAUCGAAACGUGCGCGGAUAAGAACGAGCAGAAGACAGCCGCCGAUGCCUGGGCCUUCCGCGGAUUCAAGUGCAUCCUGGGCAAGAACCUGCCCCUCGUCCAGUCGGCCAUCCAGAAGCAGAACUAAGCUCAGUUCGGGUUGAAUCAAUUCUAGAACCGCAAGAACAAGUCGCCAUCGGACAAUGCGGAAUAUUCUUUUAGAAAAAAACAAGCAAACAAUACCGCCUUGGCUCUGCAUUCCUAAAAUUGAAAUAAAAACCAUAUAAUAGUGCUUGAA